AUGCAAUACCACCUAUCUCACGUCGCCUUCUUGCAACGAAGUCGGCGCUUGCUAUCCGCGCGAAAGGAUCAAGCGGAAGCACUCCAGCUAGACCAAACGAUCGCUGCAUUACGAAGCACUAUUGAUGGCCUCAACUCUCUUCGAUCAAGCCACGACGCCGUUGCCAAUGGGGCGAAGGAGCUCGCAGCCCUGAUCGCUACCAGUGUCGAUCUCCUCAAGGGGCUUCAGGACGCCGAUAAGUCUCAGGCGUUUGCCAAGAUCCUUGUUCGCGUCCUCCAGACCAUCCUCGACAACCACAGUUUCGACUGGGGAAACAUGGACGGCCAAAAGCUACUGAAAGUCUCUACAGAACACUCUACGGGACCCUCUGUCUGA